UAUCGACAUAAACCCAAGCUGUGUCUAAAACCUUCCUCUGAAACCCUUUUCUUAGCCUAAUUUGUGUAGUGAAAUUGAAGCUGGUAAAUUUUCAGAUGGAGUUAGCUUCUGUGACUUUCAACAACUGUUGCUCUUUAUCAUUUAGAGCUCAGUCUCCAUCUCCAUCUUUCAUUAGAUAUUCAAAUCUUAAUUUAUCUCCUAAAUUCAAAGUUAUUGCUACUAGCCAGCCAAAAUUUUAUGUAUCUGCUUUCGCUGGUGGUGCAACUGAAGUAUCUAGUGACAGAAAAGGAGAGCCGUUGAUAGUUUCUGAUGAUGAGAACAUGGUUAAAGUAUGUAAUAAGCUUAUCGGGACAUUCAUGAUUGAUAAGCCUACACCAACUGAUUGGAGAAGAUUGCUUGCUUUUAGUAAAGAAUGGGAUAAUAUUCGGCCUCAUUUCUAUAAGCGUUGCCAAGAACGAGCUGACAGUGAGAAUGAUCCUGGAAUGAAGCAUAAGUUGCUCAAGUUUGCAAGGAAGUUGAGAGAGAUAGAUGAAGAUGUUCAAAGACAUAAUGAACUUAUUGAAGUGAUCAAGAAGGCUCCUUCAAAUAUUAGUGAAGUUGUUGCUAGGCGUAGGAAAGAUUUCACAAAGGAAUUUUUUGUGCAUGUUUUUACUGUUGCACAAUCAUAUCAUGACGAUCCAACUGAACAAAAUGCAUUGGCAAAGCUCGGAAAUGAUUGUGUGGAAGCUGUUCAAGCCUAUGAUAGUGCAACAGAAAGCAUGGAAGCUUUGCAAGCUGCAGAGUUGAAGUUGCAAGAUAUCGUCAAUUCUCCCUCUUUAGAUGCUGCUUGCAGGAAGAUAGAUGACUUAGCUGCCAAAAAUCAACUCGAUUCAUCUUUGGUUUUGAUGAUCACAAAAGCUUGGUCGGCUGCUAAAGAGUCCAACAUGACAAAAGAUGAGGUAAAGGAUAUACUGUAUCAUCUAUACAAGACAGCAGUGGGCAAUCUGCAGAGAGUUGUGCCGAAGGAUAUUAGAAUACUAAAGCAUCUCCUUAAAAUUGAGGAUCCUGAGGAGUUACUAUGUUCGUUAAAAGAUGCAUUUACCCCAGGGGAUGAACUUGAAGGACAGGAUGUAGACUGCCUAUACACUACCCCAGAAAAGCUACACACGUGGAUAAAGGCUGUUGUAGAUGCUUAUAAUUCUAGUCAGGAAGGCACUCUAAUACGAGAGGCUAGGGACCUAUUGAAUCCGAACGUCAUCAAAAAGCUCGAGGAACUGAAGAAGCUAAUUCAAGACAAUUUCAUGUGAUAAAGAGGAUCGUGCUGUAAGAAAAUUGACCUGCUUUCUUGCUCUGGAUCUUGCAGCAGACUCGCGAUUCUUGAUCAUCCGUUUCUGUCUCCUUUCAAUCGUCUUCUCCAUUAUAUCGUCAGAAUACCGCCGUUUCUUUUCAGCAGCUGCUUGCGGCUCUGUUGCUGGCAUUGGAUGGUCAUAGUGAGCUGAUCAUCAGUAUAUCCAACAUCAAUAACCGGGUUCUCAUAAACGGAUUCCGAUACAUGAAAAUCGGAAUUCAACUGCUGCUCCUGAGCUGCCAUCGGCAGCUGCAACCAAUCUGCUUGUUGAGAAACCAUACCCAUCGGAUCUAUAGCCAUAAGCGGCGGAUGACUACUACUAAUCAUCGCAUUUUGAUUUCCGAUGUUGAUCACGCCAGCUCGAACCAAGAAAUCCUCAAGUGAAGUGUCACUGAGCUUUUGUUGAAUCGAUUGGCUAUCCAUGUGGUUUACGUGUUUUAAAUUCUCGAUUUCCUUCCAAACAUCGUCGACAGGUUUCUUACUCAACGCUCCUCCGUUAUUCAACUCGAAAUUCCCAAGAAAGAGAGGAGACGUCGAUGAGGAUGAAGAACACGAAGACGAAGGAUUAACAUUUUGUAAAACGUGAGCUUCUUCAACAGAAAUCAUAUUUUUCAUAAAUUCAUCAAAUUUAAUUGCA